AUUAUUCAACUUUUUUCACUGUCUUCAUUACUUAAAUUAUAUUUUAGGUUGUACCAUUAACUGGUUUCAACCAUGGCCAAAGGAUGCUCUGGUAUCUGUAGCAACUCACUUCCUUCAGUCCUUCAAGAUUGCAGCGUCUACUCCGGAAAUAAAGAAGAACUUGUAUAAAACCAUGGCUUCAGUCCAAGACAGUGUAUCGGUGGCUUGUCAAAACUAUUUCCAAAGGUUUAGACGAUCAACUCAUGUUACUCCUAAAUCAUUCCUGUCAUUUAUCAACAGCUAUAAAGAGGUGUACUCUAGGAAAGAAACUGAAAUCGGAGAAAUGAGUUUGAGGAUGAAUUCGGGAUUGGAAAAAUUGCAUGAAGCAUCUAAAUCUGUUGAGAUUCUAAAGGAAGAAUUAGCAAUUAUGGAAAAAGAUCUCCAAGUUGCGAAUCAAAAAGCUGAAAAGGUCCUAAUUGAGGUAACUCAAAGGGCUAAAGAGUCCGAGAUUAUGAAAGAUCAAGUGCAGAAAAGUAAAGAUAAAGCUGAAAAUAUAGUUGAGGAAAUCGAGAUUGAGAAAAGUCAUGCUGAAGAAAAGCUUGAAGCUGCUAGGCCUGCUCUAGAGGAAGCUGAAGAGGCUUUAAACACAAUUAAACCUGCGAACAUUGCAACAGUUAGAAAACUGGGAAGACCUCCUCAUCUGAUCAUGAGAGUUAUGGACUGCACAAUGAUUUUAUUCAGAUCUAAACUCCCCUUGAUCUCUCCUGAUCCUACAGUUCCCAGCCCUAAACCCAGCUGGUCUGAGGCCCUGAAAGUAAUGUCUAGCACUGGAUUUUUAAACCAGCUUUUAAACUUCCCCAAAGAUACAAUUAACGAUGAGAUGGUAGAGUUUCUUGAACCAUAUCUGACAAUGGAGGAUUACAACAUGGCCACAGCCAAGAGGGUGUGUGGCGAUGUUGCUGGUUUACUAUGCUGGACAAAGGCAAUGGCAUUUUUCUUUGGUGUAAAUAAAGAAGUUUUACCGCUGAAAAUUAACCUGGCAUUCCAAGAAGCUCGACUUAAAGCAGCAAUGAAAGAGUUAGAACUAACGCAAAGAACUCUAACAAAGAAAGAGCGACAAUUGAAAAAAGUGCAGCUGAUGUACACGAAUGCUGUUAAAGAAAAACAGAAAUUAGCGAAUGAAGCAGAUAUCUGCAGAAAGAAGAUGUCAGCUGCCAGUACUCUUAUUAAUGGACUUGGAGGAGAAAAACAGAGAUGGACGCAUCAGAGCAAAGCAUUUAAAGAACAACUAAUCAAACUUAUUGGAGAUACUCUUCUAGCUUGUGGAUUCCUCUCCUACUCCGGACCAUUUAACCAAGAAUUUAGAAAUCAGCUAAUGAAUACAUGGAAGGCACUUCUCAAGCACAAAACAAUACCCUACACAAACAGCCUGAAUGUUGUUAGUAUGAUAGUGGAUGGAAAUGAGACAUCGGAAUGGUCUCUGCAAGGGCUACCAAGUGAUGAACUCUCCCUGCAAAAUGCCGCAAUUGUUACGAAGGCCCAGAGUUAUCCUCUUCUCGUUGAUCCCCAGGGCCAGGGUAAAAUCUGGCUGAAAACUAAGGAACAGUAUAAUGAUCUACAGGUGACUAAUCUCAACCAUAAAUAUUUCAGAACUCAUCUUGAAGAUUGUUUAUCCUUGGGUAGACCUUUGCUUAUAGAGGACAUUGCUGAAGAGCUAGAUCCAGUUUUGGAUAAUCUCCUGGAGAAGAACUUUAUCAAACAAGGUAAAGCUCUUAAGGUUAUGCUCGGAGACCGAGAAAUGGAUAUUAAUGAUGGAUUUUCCCUUUUUAUCACAACCAAGAUGGGUAAUCCAUCCUACAGCCCUGAGAUCAGUGCCAGAUGUGCAAUCAUUGAUUUUACUGUAACCAUGAAAGGUUUAGAAGAUCAGUUACUGGGAAGAGUUAUUCGGAUGGAGAAAUCAGAUCUUGAGACAGAAAGAGUUCGUUUAGUUGAAGAUGUACUUGAGAAUAAGGCUACAAUGAAGGAGCUGGAGGAUAGCUUGCUGGAAAAACUAAAUUCUGUCGAGGGAUCAAUUGUUGACGAUGAUGAACUUAUUCAGGUUCUUCAAGAGACUAAAACCACGGCUGGAGAUGUGAGCAAGAAGCUGCAGAUCUCUGCUGAAACCGAGAUUAAGAUAAAUGCUGCUCGUGAAGAAUACAGAUCUGUAGCUACUAGAGGCAGCAUCUUAUACUUCCUGAUCGUAGAGUUAAGUAAGGUUAACGUCAUGUAUCAAACAGCGUUGAGACAAUUUCUUGUUCUCUUCGACAAUGCUGUCAUUAAAUCCAAACCGACUCAUAUCAUAGAUAAGAGAAUCACAAAUAUACUCGACUUCUUGACCAAGUCGGUGUGGAAGUAUACGAACCGAGGCCUGUACGAGCACCACAAGUUCUUGUUCACACUCCUGCUGGCCCUGAAGGUGGACCUCAACAACGGAAAUAUCUCUCACAGCGAGUUUCUCAUCUUUCUCAAGGGUGGAGCUUCCUUGGAUUUAAACUCGGUCAAGCCUAAACCAUUUCGUUGGAUGCUGGACGUGAUCUGGUUAAAUCUUGUGGAGCUCAGCAAACUUGAAACAUUCAAUGCACUCUUAGAUAAGGUUGUAUCUACGGAGAAAGAAUGGAAGUAUUGGUGUGAUACUGAGUCUCCUGAGGAGGAAGAUAUACCCUGUGGAUACCAACAAAACCUUGAUGUAUUUAGGAAACUGUUGCUGAUUAGAUCCUGGUGUCCGGAUAGAACACUGUCUCAGGCUCGAAAGUAUAUUUUCGACUCCCUCGGAGCAGAUUUCUUGGAGAACUCCGUCCUAGACUUAGAACAGAUGCUGGACGAAUCAGAUAACAGGGUUCCGUUAAUCUGUCUUCUCUCAACCGGAUCAGAUCCAUCCGGGCAGAUUGAGACUCUGGCCAAGCUCCGGGCUCAAGAUUUCCGUUCUCUAGCGAUGGGUCAGGGUCAGGAGGAGAGUGCAAGAAAAAUGAUCACAGAGGCCAUUGUUAACGGUCACUGGUUGAUGUUACAGAACUGUCAUCUUUCUCUUGAUUUCUGUGAGGAAAUCAUGCAAACUAUGCUGGAUACUGAUGAGAUGCAUCCAACCUUCAGGCUCUGGUUGACUACGGAGGUGAACAAGAACUUCCCCAUCGGACUACUCCAGAUGUCCCUGAAGUUCACAAACGAACCACCACAGGGUAUCCGAGCUAGCUUGAAGAGAACCUACUGUGAUAUCUCCCAGGAUACCCUGGAUUACUCCAACCACUCCGCCUGGCCUAACAUGCUGUACGCUGUUGCGUUCCUCCACACUGUGGUUCAGGAGAGAAGAAAGUUUGGUCCUCUAGGUUGGAAUAUUCCAUACGAAUUCAACCGAGCUGAUUUCAACGCCAGUACUCAGUUUAUUAUGAACCAUUUGGACGACCUGGACGCAAAGCGGGGAAUAUCGUGGCAGACGGUUUGUUUUAUGCUCGGAGAGGUUCAGUACGGAGGAAGGGUGACGGAUGAUUUUGAUAAACGACUUCUCAACACCUUCACCACGGUCUGGUUCUCCGAUAAUAUAUUUAACGCUGGGUUCAAGUUCUACGAAGGAUACUCCGUCCCAGAGUGUAAAACUAUCGAGGAGUAUAAUGAUUUUAUAAACAACAUGCCUCUACAGGAUAUACCAGAAGUGUUUGGUCUUCAUUCUAAUGCUGAUAUCUCAUAUCAGAUAAACACGGCUAAAGGUAUCCUGGAUCAUAUCCUUAGUGUACAGCCUAAGGAGGGAGGAGGAGCAGCUAAGGGUGAAACUAGAGAAGCAGUUGUCAGCAAGAUAGCUGAGGAUAUGCUUAGGAAGAUGCCGAGGGAUUAUGUUCCUCAUGAAGUUAAGGAGGCUCUGGUGAGGUUGGGAGGGAUGCUUCCGAUGAAUAUAUUCUUGAGGCAGGAGAUAGACAGGAUGCAGAAGAUAUUGACGCUGGUGAGACGAACCUUGACAGAUUUAAAGAUGGCGCUGGAGGGAACUAUUAUUAUGAGUGAUGAUCUUAAGGAGACCCUGGACAAUAUGUAUGAUGCGAGGGUUCCGGAGAAAUGGAAAAAGAUUUCGUGGCGUUCUUCAACUCUAGGAUUCUGGUAUACUGAGCUACUGGAGAGAGACGGACAGUUUAAACGAUGGUGCUUCCACGGCAGACCAAAGGUGUUCUGGGUGACCGGGUUUUUUAACCCGCAAGGGUUCCUAACAGCUAUGAGACAGGAGGUGACCAGGGCCCACAAGGGUUGGGCCCUAGACUCAGUUAUUUGUCAGAAUCUCGUGACAAGGUUUGCGAAAGAGGAUAUCCACGAUUCCCCCCCUGAAGGUGUAUACGUGCAUGGUUUGUUCCUGGAGGGUGCAAGCCUGGAUAGAAAAACAGGAAAACUCGUUGAAUCUAGACCUAAGGUUCUCUACGAGCAGAUGCCAGUUAUUUAUAUCUACGCUAUAAAUACUACUGCAGGAAAGGACAGUAAGCUGUAUGAGUGUCCUAUAUAUAGGAAACCUGGACGAACUGAACUUAACUAUAUCGGGUCAAUAGAUUUCGAGUCAGAUAUUGGACCCAGGCAUUGGGUUAUGCGGGGGGUUGCACUACUUUGCGACAUCAAAUAAUGGAUUCAAACUCAACUAAAUUCUAUUUUUUUAAAGUCUAUGCUAGCCCCAGCCAGUUUGGUUCAUUUGUUUGGCCAGCUAGCUAUCUAUAGCUAACAUGUGUACAGCCAGUUUAGUUCAACUGUUUGGCCAGCUAUCUAUAGCUAACAUGUAUACAGCCAGUUUGGUCCAACUGUUUGGCCAGUUAUCUAUAGCUAACAUGUAUACAGCCAGUUUGGUCCAACUGUUUGGCCAGCUAUCUAUAGCUAACAUGUAUACAGCCAGUUUGGUCCAACUGUUUGGCCAGCAAUCUAUAGCUAACAUGUAUACAGCCAGUUUGGUCCAACUGUUUGGCCAGCUAUCUAUGGCUACCAUGUAUAUACAUAUGAGCGAAGAAAAGCUUCAAUUCAAUGUAAAAUGAUAAAUCGUGGAAUUAAAGGAGUUCCAGGUCAUUAUUAGAGUCUCAUAAUUUAUGGGUAAGUCUGUUUCAAAGAAUAUUACUCUUACUAAGAAAUGAAUUAUUCUUAUGCAUUUAUUCAAAUAUAUCCAGCACUAUUAUUAUGAAAACGUUUUAUCCCCUAAAGAUGUUUUUAUAUGAAUUAUUAAUGUUGAAAUAUAUUCACAUUUUAUAA